GGGAGGUGUGUAUGGGUGAACAUGUGUGUUUGAGCACUAGGACAGGGUCGUUCCUCUCCAGUAUAAAUACUGGGUCCUGGUGGAGAGGGGUAGAAAAGUGAUGCAUACACCUUCAGGACUGUGUGAAAAGACAAAAGAGGAGUCAAACUUACCAUAAAAGGAGGUUACACGGCAGAGAAGAGAAGAUUCACAGAGGAGUUAUUCACCACAAAGAGUGGAGAAUGACUGACCAAAACGGUGUAUUUAUGGGGAUGGACCUGCUUUGCCAGGUGAACAGCCAUGCCCAUCGUACAGAGGAGAUGGACGUGGAAAGGCUUCUGGUUCGUCGGGGGCAGCCCUUCUCCCUUGCCUUGCAGUGCCACACAACCCUGCCCCCUAAACACAAACUAGCCAUAAUCUUGCAUCUAGGUAAGGAGGGUGAGGUGGUGGUGAAGGUGUUGGAUGCCCGUGCUGGCAGGGACAAGUGGUGGUUCCGCCAGCAGGGGGCUCAGAGUGAGGUGCUGCUGACGAUCCACAGCCCAGCAGACGCCCCUGUGGGACUCUACAGCGUGACAGUGCUGCUCCUCUCCCCUGACGGACACAUCCUGGAGAAGACAACACCAGAGACGUUCUACCUGCUCUUCAACCCCUGGUGCAAAGCUGACUCUGUGUACCUCCCUGAUGAGGAGCUGCUAGAGGAGUACAUCCUGAAUGAAAAUGGCCUCCUUUACCAGGGUUCCUGGGACCAGAUUUCCUCACUACCCUGGAACUUUGGACAGUUUGAACAAGAUGUGGUGGACAUCUGUUUUGAAAUCCUGGACAAUUCACCUGCUGCACUGACAAACCCAGAGAUGGACACAGCCAACCGAGCAGACCCAGUGUACGUGAGCAGGACAAUUACUGCCAUGGUGAACGCUAAUGAUGACCUUGGCGUGGUGUCGGGCCGUUGGGACGGGAAGUACGAUGACGGGGUGCCGCCCACACGUUGGACUGGCAGUGUGCCCAUCCUCAGGCGCUGGAGUGAGGCCGGGGCACAGAGGGUGCGCUACGGACAGUGCUGGGUGUUUUCAGGCGUAGCCUGUACAGUUCUUCGCUGUCUGGGCAUACCCACUCGCCCAGUUACAAACUACUCUUCUGCCCAUGACACUGAUGGCAACCUGAAUGUGGACUAUCUGUAUGAUGAGCAGCUGGAGAGUGUGUCUGAAGGCAGGAAGGACAUGAUCUGGAACUACCAUUGCUGGGUGGAGUCCUGGAUGGACAGGGAGGAUCUUCCUAAAGGCUAUGAUGGGUGGCAGGCUCUGGAUCCCACCCCACAGGAGAGGAGUGAUGGGGUGUACUGUUGUGGGCCCUGUCCAGUGAAGGCAGUGAGGGACGGUGAUGUGGGGAUGAAGUAUGAUGCAGCCUUCGUGUUCUCUGAGGUGAACGCAGACCUGGUCACCUGGAUCGUCCACCCAGAUGGCCAACGCUCACAGGUUUCCCUCAACCAGAAUACAGUGGGCCAAAACAUCAGCACCAAGAGUGUGUACGGAGACUACAGAGAGGACAUCACUAAACAUUACAAAUACCCUGAAGGUUCAGUGAAGGAGCGUGAGGUGUAUGAGAAGGCAGGACGUCAGGUAACGCAGCCGAAUGGAGCACCAGGGCAGCUGGAGCUGAAGAUCAAACACGCCCAGGCCAUCCUGGGCACAGACUUUGAUGUGAUAGUGGAGGUGCACAACGUCGGUGGAGAGGACACCCCAGCCCAGCUGACUGUGACGUCCAACGCUGUCACCUACAACAGCCUCCACCGGGGGGAGUGCCAUAGGAAGACUGCCAGCCUGACAGUGCCAGCCCAGAAAGCUCAUAAGGAAGUGCUGCGGCUACGGUACGAUCACUACGGGGCAUGUGUGUCUGAGCAUAACCUGAUCAGGGUCACAGCACUACUCCAGGUCAGCGGCCAGCCCGAAGUCGUCUUACAAGAGGUCAACAUCCAACUGAGCAUGCCUCAGCUCCAUGUCAAGGUAGUGGGAGAUGCAGUUGUAUCUCGGAAAUUGAUUGCCCACAUCAGCUUCACCAAUCCACUGCCUAUUACCCUCAGAGGGGGCGUGUUUACUGUGGAGGGGGCAGGUCUGACAGCAGCGCGGGAGAUCCAAGCACCAGAUGACAUUGGACCAGGUCAAGAGGUCAAGGUCAAGUUGUCCUUCAAGCCCACCCGAGCAGGUCUGAGAAAACUGAUGGUCGACUUUGAUGCAGACAGAAUAAGGGAUGUUAAAGGCAUUGCCACUUUGAUUGUGAGAAACAAGUGAACUGUCAAUUAACAACGUAUAUCAUAUCAUGUAUAUUUCUAUAUAAAAUAAUUACCCUGUAAAUGCAAUAUGAAAGUGAGUUGCAAAAUCAUGUGUUGUUAUUUUCUAUUGUUCUUGAUGAUCUUAUGAAGGGAUUUACAAGACUUGGCAAAGAAAGGUGGGUCUCUGAAUCCAAAAGUAUUGCUAGAGUCCAGAGACUAAAUCUAUUUGUGAGACAAAUGUAACCAUACCCUUUGUCACGUAGAGUAGGGCAGAAGGCUAAACUGAAAAACCUAACCUCUAUCAAAUAAAAAGAUGGCGGAGCCGCACAAGUACUUCUGUGCGUGUGCGUGUUUAUUUAUAUAGUGAAUCCGGUGCCAGGUUUCCUCCAGACGUGACACUUGGCAUUUAGGCCAAAGAGUUCAAUCUUGGUUUCAUACGGCCUGAGAAUCUUCUUUCUCAUGGUCUAAGAGUCCUUUAGGUGCCUUUUGGCAAACUACAAGCAGGCUGUCAAGGUAUGGCCUUGUCGUGACGUCUUCUGAAUGGUCCCGUAGGGUUGGAGGCGGACCCGCUCUAGCCAGAGUAGAAGCCCCCAUUGGUGCACAGCAGUCUUCUGUUCUGGGCACCCGACCAGUAGCAGGGGAGAAGAGUUGUUUAUUCUAGGAAAUGUUUGUGUCAGGGGUUCGUGAGGUAGAGGGCAGUUUACUAUGGCUGGGUGUAUGUGUUCAUGCGAUGGAAUGUCUUUGUUUCCUGGGGUCGGGAGACAACAAAGCUGAGGAGAUAGUGUUAGGGGGUAGUUUUAUUGCUGGCUGUGUGAGCUAGUUCCUGUUUUAGCAGGGGUACAUAGUCAGGCGGUUUGGCUUGGCGCUGUAUAAUAUAUGAACUAUGUAUAUGAAUGUUUACAUAUUUAUAUAACAGUUUUAAAAAUGUGCAUUUUUUUUCUCGCUUUGUCAUGAUGGGUUAUUGUGUGUAGAUUGAUGAGGAAAACAUGUUAUUUAAUCCAUUUUAGAAUAAAGCUGUCACGUAACAAAACGUGGAAAAGGGGAAGGGUUCUGAAUUCUUUCUGAAUGCACUGUAAGUCCAAUUUGGAUAUGUUUGGCUGUUUUCGUUGCAUAACAUGUAGAAGCGGUCUCUAUUCAGGUUAAGAAGAAGUGACUACUAAAUGCUAACUCCCAUUCACAUAAGCUGGUUAGCACAGCUAGCAUACCGAAAUCAGUGGCUGUUAUCAAAUUAGUUUAACUGUAAUUCAGUUGAUUGGUAACGAUGACAAGAACAUGUGUUAGGGUUG